AUGGAGAUGAUGGUGGACAUCUAUGAAGGUGAAAAUGUCUAUAGGACCCAGACAGACUCUGAUACAAACAGACAACAACCACUUCAGUCUACAGGAAGUGAGCUUGUGAGGAUAAGAAGUUACAGAUCAGUUACAGUGUGUUUGGUGCUCUUCUGCGUUCUUCUACUGACUGCAGUCAUAGUUCUGUGUGUCCUGAUCGAUACAAACAAUCAACAGAUUAACAACAAAAACCUCACAGAAGAGAACGACCAGCUGUUAACCAAAUACACCAACCUCAAAGAAGAGAGAAAACAGCUUCUAACCAAAUAUACCAGCAUGACAGAUGAGAGAGAUGAAUUAAUAGCCAAAUACAAUAUUAUUACUGAACAAAAUGAACAACUGAAUCAGGAGAAAAAAGAGCUGCGGAGACAUUUUAAUGGUGGAUGGAUUUACUAUCAAUCUACUUUGUACUACAUUUCAUCUGAGAAGAAGAGCUGGGAUGAGAGCAGAAGAUACUGUAGAGAGAGAGGAGCAGAUCUGAUCAUCAUUAACAAUGGAGAGGAACAUGAUUUCUUUCAGAAAAUGUCUGGUACAGAAUAUGUCUGGAUUGGUUUGUCUGACAGUGAUGAGGAGGGCAGAUGGAAAUGGGUUGAUGGCAGCACACUGAACUCUAACUUCUGGCAUACUGGAGACCCCAAUGGUGGUAGAAAAGAGAACUGUGCCCUAAAACAUUCAUCACUUUGGGCUGAUUACCCCUGCAAUGAUGCUUAUAAAUGCAUCUGUGAAAAGAAAUUUUUGAUAUAAGUUGUUAAAUGAAAUACAUGUUAAUUCAAUAAUCUGUGAACACACAAGAGCUUAACCAAGCUCAUAACGUCGCUCCUGACUUAAGGACAGAUAAUUUGAUGUAUACCAAUUAGUCAAAUUUGGAAUUUUAAUUUUCAAAAUUGCAGCAACCCAAUUUGUUCAUUAAUCUGAGAAAUACCCGUAUACAUAUUCAAAAACUGCCGCCAGAAGUGGCGAUUAUACGUCAUCUUUGACAUGUGUCUCGUGAACGAUUUCAUCAUUACGUUAGCUAUGAAACUGAAGCCCUAUUGGCUGUCGUGAGCGACUGCAUCAUGAUCUAUGUUCCAGUUUAUAUUUGAAUGAGAUCGGACCGUUUCCAUCGCAUUCAUGAAUUUUUA